AUGCCCAUCAAACCCAAUCGAAAGUCUCUCGCGCUGGCCAGCCUAGAAGCCCAGCCCCGCAGCGACAGCCAAGCCCAGAACCGCCAAACCAAACUGCGACCGGCUCGCGGCGUUAAGCGAAUCUCGGUCGCGCCCGCACUCCCCUGGCCAUCCUGCUGGGACGAGGCUGCCGAGGAUGGCGUGUUCUCGGCAGCGGAGGUGGUGGACGACGAAGAGAUUGUUCCAUUGGACUGGCUGAUCGAAGUGAUUGUGAAGUCCGUUUCCGUCGUGCUGGAGGCCGACGUGGUCGUGGUGGAGAGCACGGAUGUGGUGAGGGUCGGCAGAACGGGGACCGUGGUCGUCGUCUGGAGGGAUGCGGAGGGCGAGGAGGAGGGAGAGGAGGAGGGAGAGGAGGAGGGAGAGGAGGAGGGAGAGGAGGAGGGAGAGGAGGAGGAGUCCGAGGAUGCAGCAGAGCUGCUGCUGGGGGAGGUGGUUAUCGUGGUGGCUGCUGCCGUCACACCCAGGAAGAGGGCAGGCAAGCGUACCGAGGAAUGCAGAAUGGCUGUGGCAGAUCCAGACGUGCCUUCGGACUGGGACCAGGUCCCAACAAUCAAUUGGCUGGCCGACGGAAACAGACAUAUCAGGGCUUGUGAAAAAUCAGAUGGCUUGCAGAGAGGGGGCCUGGACCCUUCGGCAACCUGCUCAGCUGCUGUGGCCCUGAAUUCGUGUCACCGAACCCGGGCUGAGAUUCCGAUGGUCAGCAGCAAGUGA